UGCUGCGUGAAUCUCCUCGAGUGUGUAGGUGGCUAUGCUUCCUUUCAGAUUGAUUCCUCUCAGGUGUAGAUGAGUAUGCUUCCUUUCAGAUUGAUUCCUCUCAGGUGUGUUGCCUCAACGAGAGCUCAACUGCUUAUGAGGUGCGGAACUCAAGUUGAGAAGUGAGAAAAUGCUGUGAAAACAAUGAAAUAUUUAAUAACUGAACUGAAAUCAAUCGAGAAUGCUAUUCAAAAAAUGUUUGAGUGAGCCCUAUGUUGAAAUGUUGUGAAAUAUUUAAUAACUGAACUGAAAUCAAUCAAGAGCCGAGAAUGCUAUUCAAAAUAUGUUUAAGUGAGUUGACAUGGAGGAGAUUUUUUUCAGCUUCUAGCAGGUGUUUUCACCGUCCCAUGCUGAGUUCUAGACGAGAUUUUUUUUUUUGUCUUCUAACACAUGUACAAGGAUGCUAUUUGAAAAAUGAUUGAGUGUCAGUUUUUUGUAAUAGGAGAGAGAAUACUUACAAACUGAUAACAAUGUGGGAGCAUGUGUUGUAGAGGGGAAAUUUGAAUUUUUUUCGACUUGUAGCACGCUUUGCUCUUGCUCGCACGAGCCUGGAACAGAGAGAGAAACAUAUGGUAUAUAAACAGAAGUGAUGAGAGGAAAAUUAUCAUUUACAUCUGAGUCUACUUUUAGUAAGGAUGAGUUCUCCAUCUUCUCCAUCAUACGUCCUGCCGGAUAGCCCACCAGCACAGCAGCGCGUGCUCAACUAUUGGCAGCACAAAGCUGCCAUCCCUGCUGAGUCAUCGGCUGCUGCUGCUGCACCCGCUCCGCUCAACGUGGAACCAGCAUCACCGGGCGGCGAGAUCAUCAUCGGGGACAGCCCUAUUCAUCGGCUGGCUCCAGCUGCUACCUGGGCACCGCGGCGUGUGGUGCUAACAACGCUGAGCAACAACAUCAAGCAGAAGCAGGGGAAGAGGAGGUCGGUGUUUGACGAGCCUGAGGUUAGCGGGGAUGAGGAGGAGCAGUCAAUCUACUCACAAACAAAGAAACGAGCUGGAAUGGACCAUGCCUCCUCACUUGCCCCGCUGAUGAAGGAGGUGGAGGGGACGGGAGAGGUUGAGUUGGACUUUGUCCAACUCAUCAACCAACCUGUACCCAAACCGUGGAUCCCGCUGAGGGAGUUAAAGGAGGAUGUACCAUACCCCAUCAUCGCCGCGAGAGAGGACAGCAAUAAAGAUGGAUGACAAGUAAUUUUAAAAAUUAGGAAUGUAGGAAGCAAAUCGCAGUGUGAGGUGUAUUUACCACAAAGAUUUGCUUCCUGCAUCAAUGCAGAAAAAAUACACCAAUUUAAUAAAAGUUGUAAAAAUUUUGUGUUGGUAGUAUCACAUUAGUCGGCAAAUUGGUCCGAUAGAAAAAUUGUUAAUGCUUAACAAUUUUUAUAUCUAUACAAUUCGUCGACUUAUGUGUUACGAAUUGUAUAGUUGAAUGUAGUGAAUGUAAUAAAUUGUAAUAUUGUUUUUAUAAAAAUUGUUUU